GUAGGCGACUGGAGAAGAAGAAACAACCAGGAUCAGAAUCGUUGGAACAGUCCGGGGCUGGGUUAGCUCCGUUCCGUUGCGAGGGCUUCCUGCUACCCGCAUCAUCCACCGACCAGGAUUAGACGACACGAAUCGGAGCGGAGGGACACCAUGGCGUUCACGUUCGCGGCCUUUUGCUACAUGCUCGCGUUAUUGCUCACGGCGGCGCUCAUCUUCUUCGCCAUCUGGCACAUAAUUGCAUUCGACGAGCUCAAGACGGACUACAAAAAUCCCAUCGACCAGUGUAACACUUUAAAUCCCCUGGUGCUCCCGGAAUAUCUCAUCCACUUCUUCUUCUGCGUCAUGUUCUUCUGCGCCACCGAGUGGCUCACGCUCGUCCUCAACCUGCCGCUGCUGGCCUACCACGUCUGGAGGUACAUGAGCAGACCCGUGAUGAGCUGUCCGGGACUGUACGACCCGACGACCAUCAUGAACGCCGACAUCCUGGCUUUCUGUCAGAAGGAAGGCUGGUGCAAGCUGGCCUUCUACCUCCUCUCCUUCUUCUACUAUCUCUACGGCAUGAUCUACGUUUUGGUGAGCUCGUAAGACGGAAAAGCACGGAUGAUGACUGCGGAAUGGGUCGGGACGCUCUUGGAUCUCGAAGCUGUGUGAACACACAUGCGCGCACAUACCACCGGCACACAUUCAAGGGAGCGGACAGAGAUGACCACAAUCAGCAACACCAGACGCCAACCUUGACUCUCUCGGGGUCAACAUUCUACGGACAAACCCGAAAAGGACAAUUUUGUUCUUUUUCAUCCCCUUCUUCCCCCCCCCCCCUCCUUUUUAGGUUUCGUGGCGGCCGAUGGUAGCUUGUCGACACAACCUAAGAGUGCUUACAAAUUAGUUAGAUAUUUUUCCCAUCUGUCUUUUGACAGCUAGAUUUUGAAUUUGGGCGUGGUACCGCCAUGGCAACCGGACACUUGUCGUGUCGAAAGUGUACAUUUGCCCAACUUGAAAGGUAGACUUAACAGUUGGCUCCAGCUUGAAACGUCCUCGACCAACUGCGAACGAGCUCUACUCUUUGUGGUUUAUUGUACUUAUUUGCCCUCUUCCGAGUUUACUUUUGCGUCAUUUUUCUUUUGGACGUCUCCGGCACGCCUCGCUAUGAGCCAGUCUUGAUGCUUUAGAUGCUAGCGGCAGCGUCAGACAGGUUUUUAUUGUCAUGUGUUCAUUGUGUGCAGAAACAGGGUGAAAUGUAUCAUGUCGCAUCACCUAAAUGUCACUUUUAAGAUCAGUUAAGUUUAUAUAAUGAAAAUAAAACCAUCCCACUCUG